AUGGGCCAAUUGCUAUCUCAUCCCAUUGAAGAAAAGGAGCUAGAUUAUAAGGUAUACUCCCAAUUAUCCUAUUGUAUAGGCUCAAUGCAAGGGUAUAGGAUGUCAAUGGAAGAUGCACAUGAUACGAAGAUUAAUGAAGAUGAGUCUAUUGCGGUAUUUGGAGUGUUUGACGGGCACGGAGGAAAACAGUGCUCUCAAUACUUGGCCGAGCAUUUAAUCAAGUAUAUUUUUAAACAAUUGGUACACGAGCGAGAUAGGAUGUUGCAUAAUCAAAAGUGUUUUGAUAAUCAACAAGUUAUGCGAUUAUUGAAACACGCAUAUUUCAAGAUAGACCACGAUUUGUCCAAUUACAGCAAUUUCAUCAAUUGUGGUUCGACUGGGAUAACGCUUGUGAUCAUCAACAACAAAUUAUAUGUGGCAAACACGGGGGAUUCGCGAUGUAUCAUCUCAAUAGAAGGGGGGUUGGCAAAGACACUAUCACAUGACCAAAAGCCAAACAUUAUUGGAGAAAGGGUAAGGGUGGAAAAUAGCAACGGAUAUAUUGUCAAUAAUAGGGUCAAUGAAAUACUAGCUUUGAGUAGAGCUUUUGGAGAUUUCAAGUUCAAGGUGCCUUACUUGACGGAGACUAACAAUCGGUACUUCAUCCAAAACAUAGAGCAGCUAGUGAAUGAGUCUAAUCAGACCAAGAAUGAUACGGCAGAAAAGGUCACGGCAGGCGAUCACGAGUAUAUACAAAUCCCACCAGAGUCAUUUCAAGUCACUGUGGAGCCAGAUAUACUCAUUUAUGACAUGAACGAACUCAACCAGCCGGAAUUUAUAAUUAUGGCAUGUGACGGAAUAUGGGAUUGUUUUAAAAACGGUCAAUUGGUCAAGAUCAUUAGAGAUAAAUUGGUAUUGGGAUGGAAAUUGAACAAGAUAGUAGAGUGCAUCCUCAACGAUACCUUGGCCAUGGCCAACAAUUAUACGGGGACCGGGUUUGACAAUAUGACGCUUGUUAUCAUUGCUUUACAUGGAGGCGGACUGCAAGUGGAUAACAUGGAUGAGUGGUAUCAGAGGAUGAUUGAUAAAAUCGAAAAAGAGAAAAGGUUGCGCUAG